UUGUAAUAAACACAAUUUCUGAAGUAGCUAUGAAAACAGGAAGUGCCAAGAAAAUGAUGGCCUACAAAAUGAAAGUGAUGAAAUGGACCCUCAGCAAGACGCAGUAAUGGAGAGACCUGAGGAAUGUGCAGAUGAACACAUGGAGGAUGAAGAUCAGUCUGUGGAAAUUAAGGACAAAACAACAGAAAGUGAAUCUCAAAUGGACACAAUUAGCCAUGGCUUGUGGACCAAGAGAGAAACUGAUGAAGAUGACAUGCAUGAAGGCGAUCAGGCAUCAGAGGAAGUGAAUGAACUGGAGGGGAAUGUGAAUGUUUCAUGUACUGCUGAGAUCAUGGUGGAAGCGUCAGAGGAAAAGGAGGAGGAUCAUUUGGACAUAAGCACAGCAGACGUUUAUGAGGACUUAGAGAGUGAUGGUGUCGUCUGUCCUCCUCCUUCACCUGCUAGAAUACAAGCCACACCAACUACACCAACCUUCUCUUUAAACAACAGUCCCAAUGUAUCACCUGGACGUCAGGAGAUCUCACACAGCAAGUCUCCAGCGUUCGUCUUCUCCAUGAACUCUGGUCCAGGCACUCCUGCGUUCUCGAAGCUGGGCUGUGAUUUCGAUGUGGGAUCAGCUGGAGAAGAGGCAUCUCCAUUUAACUUCACAAGCUCCUACUUCAACGACAAGAAGUCACCAGGAUCUGCACCCAAGUUCACAGGUUUUUACCACAAUCUGGUUCAAUUCCAUGUCAACAGCUCCAAUAGAAAUACUAUUCCCGUGGAAAAAACAUGA